CCUAACUUCAAAACAGUGAGUAAGCGAGCCUUGACGAAGCGCGAAUGUCGCUUUCCAUCAUUUGAAGACUUAUUUCUUCAUUGUCUCGUAGAAACGCAAAGCAAAAUUCUGGCAAAAUUGUGCGCGUUCGUGCCCGAUGUCUAGUGCUGAAGUCGCCGAUAAUUCCGUUGACCCCCCGGCGAAAAAGCGGAAGCUAAAUACAGGAGAAUCCCGUUCCAAUUCCUCAGCAAUGGCGAACAAUGGAACGCGUGUGGAAGAUGAAAUCGACGAGAGUUUAUACUCGCGGCAGUUGUACGUGCUGGGACACGAUGCCAUGCGGCGGAUGGCCAACUCAGACGUUCUGAUCUCCGGGCUCGGGGGUCUCGGAGUAGAGGUUGCAAAAAAUGUGAUCUUGGGUGGCGUGAAAUCUGUCACUUUGCAUGACGACCGGACUUGCACAAUAUCUGACCUGUCUUCUCAAUUUUAUUUGUCGGAGAAAACAGUCGGUCAGAAUCGGGCAGUGGCGUCGUGCGAGCAGUUGGCGGAGCUGAAUCAUUAUGUGCCGACAACGGCUUACACUGGUGCUUUGACGGAGGAGUUUUUGAGGAAAUUCAGCGUUGUGGUACUGACUAGCGCUUCUGCCGCGGAGCAGGAGAGAGUGGCAGCUAUAACUCAUGCACACAACAUUGCUCUAAUCAUUGCUGACACAAGAGGUUUAUUUUCAUCGGUGUUCUGUGAUUUUGGGCCAGAGUUUACUGUGGUGGAUGUGACGGGUGAAAACCCAGUGUCUGCUAUGGUGGCAGACAUCACCCAUGAGUAUGAAGCUGUGGUCACAUGCUUGGAUGACACACGCCAUGGCUUGGAGGAUGGGGACUAUGUCACAUUUACUGAGGUGCAAGGCAUGGUAGAACUCAAUGGCUGCGAAGCCAGAAAGAUCAAAGUCCUCGGACCCUACACAUUCAGCAUCGGAGACACAACAAGUUUCAGCAAAUACAACCGCGGUGGCAUCGUCACACAAGUCAAGAUGCCCAAGAAAAUAGCAUUUAAGCCGUUGAAAGAAUCUUAUAAGAAUCCCGAGUUUGUUAUUACGGAUUUUGGCAAGUUUGACUAUCCUCAACAGUUGCACAUUGCUUUUGCGGUUCUCCAUAAGUACCAAGAGACCGAAGGCCGUCUCCCUAGGCCAUGGUGUGAGGCCGAUGCUACCAAGUUCUUGGAUUACGCAAAGAAUUUUGUUAAGGAUCAGGAGCAAUUUAAGAAUGGUGAAAUUGAACUCAACGUUGAGUUGCUUGAUAUUUUUAGUAAGGUAUGCGCUGGAGAUCUGAACCCAAUGAAUGCAGCAAUCGGUGGCGUCGUAGCCCAGGAGGUUAUGAAGGCAUGCUCCGGCAAGUUCCACCCGAUUGUUCAAUGGCUUUACUUGGAUGCCAUUGAGUGCCUUCCCAAAGACCGCUCUGUCUUGACCGAGGAGUCAUGCAAACCAGUCGGGUCGAGAUAUGAUGGGCAGGUGGCUGUGUUCGGCAAGGAGUUCCAGAAGAGACUCGGGGAACUGAAGUACUUCAUUGUUGGCGCUGGCGCCAUCGGUUGCGAGCUGAUGAAGAAUUUCGCGAUGGUCGGUGUUGGCGCGGACGGCGGCUGCGUGACGGUCACCGACAUGGAUCUCAUCGAGAAGUCCAACCUCAACCGGCAGUUCCUGUUCCGGCCGCAUGACGUCCAGAAACCCAAGUCUAGCACUGCUGCCAGGGUGAUCAAGCAAAUGAAUCCAUCAAUGAACGUGCUAGCGCAAGAGAACCGCGUCUGUCCGGAAACGGAGGCCGUGUACGACGACCAGUUCUUCGAGGCGCUGGACGGCGUCGCCAACGCCCUGGACAAUGUGGACGCCCGCAUCUACAUGGACCGCCGCUGUGUGUACUACAGGAAGCCGCUGCUGGAGAGCGGCACGCUGGGCACUAAGGGGAACACACAGGUGGUGGUCCCGUUCCUGACGGAGUCGUACAGUUCGUCGCAGGACCCCCCGGAGAAGAGUAUCCCGAUCUGCACGCUGAAGAACUUCCCCAACGCGAUCGAGCACACGCUGCAGUGGGCCAGGGACGAGUUCGAGGGGCUCUUCCGGCAUGCUGCUGAGCACGCGGCCAGGUACCUUACCGACCCUCUGUUCCUGGAGAGGACCAUGAAGUUGCCAGGGUCUCAGCCUUUAGAUGCUUUGGAGAGUGUUAGGCACGCGAUUAUCGAGCGGCCGCUCAACUUCGACGACUGCGUGCGAUGGGCGCGCCUGCACUGGGAGGCGCAGUACUCCAACCAGAUCAAGCAGCUGCUGUACAACUUCCCGCCCAACCAGCUGACCACCUCCGGCGCCCCCUUCUGGUCGGGGCCCAAGCGCUGCCCGGCGCCGCUCGAGUUCUCCGCCAGCGACCCGCUGCACCUCGACUACGUCAUGGCCGCCGCCAACCUCAGGGCCGCCGUCUACGGUAUACCCAAGUGCGACAACAGGGAGUGCGUGGCGAAGACCGCUGCUAGUGUUGAGGUGCCGAAAUUCAGUCCGAAAUCAGGCAUAAAGAUCGCGGUGACGGACGCGCAGCUGCAGCAAAGCAGCGAGGACAUGGACCAGGACCGGGCGCAGCAGAUCCUGGCGGAGCUGCCGCCGCCCAGCAAGCUGGCGGCGCUCGCCGUCACGCCGCUGGACUUCGAGAAGGACGACGACACCAACUUCCACAUGGACUUCAUCGUGGCCGCCUCCAACCUGCGCGCCGCCAACUACAGCAUCCCGGCCGCCGACCGCCACCGCUCCAAGCUCAUCGCCGGCAAGAUCAUCCCCGCCAUAGCCACCACCACCUCGGUCGUCGCCGGCCUCGUCUGCCUCGAGCUGUACAAGCUCGCGCAGGGCUUCAACACCUUGGAAGUGUUCAAGAACGGAUUCGUGAACCUCGCUUUACCCUUCUUCGGAUUCUCCGAACCGAUCGCCGCCCCCAAAAACACAUACUACGACAAGAAAUGGACGCUCUGGGACCGAUUCGAAGUCAAAGGAGAGAUCACUCUGCAGGAGUUCCUAGAUUACUUCAAGAACGAGCACAAACUGGAAAUCACUAUGUUGUCGCAGGGAGUCUGCAUGUUGUAUUCGUUCUUUAUGCCCAAAGCUAAACGGCAGGAGAGGCUCAAUCUCCCGAUGUCGGAAGUCGUGACUAAGGUUUCAAAGAAGAAGCUCGAGCCCCACGUGAAAGCUCUCGUGUUCGAAUUGUGCUGCAAUGACGACGACGGCAACGACGUGGAAGUCCCGUACGUCAAGUAUACGCUGCCUUAGUAGAAAAACAAGUUACACCACACCGAUUGAGAGCCCAAAUUCUAAAGUAUUUUCUCGGCGUGGCGACCUCGGGUUUGUGCAUUUUGACGCAUUUAAAUACGCAUUAUAGCCCACCCGCUGAGGCUCACGAAUUUCAUAGAAGGGUAUUUUUAAAGAUUAAGGAUUUUAUAACGAGCGCAGGCGGACUGUACAGUGAUAGAAAUGCUGUGUGUGUGUUUCAUUAAUUUGUGCUUAGAACACGCUUCUGUCUAAUAACCAUAUAUUUAUAGUAGUUAUAAUUCUUUUGCUCACGUCUAUUAAAAAACGCGCUAGAUUUUUUUUUCGUGAUAUUGAAAUUAUUUUACACCAAAUUUAUCAGAUAUUUUUAAUGUUCAAAUCAGAUGGGUCUGUAUAUGGAAAGAAAUAAAUAAAAUUGAGCA